ACAGGUCUAGUCAGCGAAACCAGGACACUGAUGUGUCGUGCCAUCGCGGUUGCGCUGAUAGUUUACCUAGCCCAGCAUUAUAUUCUUGCGCACGCUGAGGUCAUUGCAAGUGGGCGCUUGGAAAAAUGCGUCGUCGAUGGUGUUACCGAGGAGCUGGACUGCCAGGAGAAGGUGGUGGUGACACUGACGGUCGGAAAUGGGCAGAGCCUGCAGACCGAGGCUCUGGAAUUCUCGCUCAGCUGCCUCAACAGCCCCGACGGACGCUGCCCCUGCAGCUGCAGCGCCGCCGACCCUACUUGCGCAUGUCGUGACCUGGCGGCGCCGCUGCGCGUGUCGCUUACCAAGUCGCCGCUGUGGGCCUCCUACCCGCUGCAGUACUUGUCGUCCUUUAACUGGAAACCCCUGGAAGUCAUCCUGCGCCCCAGCAACAAAGUUUGCAAGGACGGCGACUGGGAGGACUCGCCCACGUGUGGCUGGUUCAGCCAGGGCGGUGUGCGGGUGGCGGACAGCCAGGGAUUCUGCUGCGAGUGCAGCAGCAGCCAGGUGUGGGACGACACCUUCGGGUCCAGCAAGGAGCGCACUCGCGCCAACCUGGACUGUGACUUCUGGAGCGACCCACUGGACAUACUGAUUGGCCGCAAGCCGGUGUCCGCACACUGCCUCACAUUCGACCCGCAGUGGUACAGCGGCUAUGAGCUGGGCGCCGCCUCGCUGCAGUUCGAGAUCGCCAUCACCGUGGAGGUACCCACCGCCCCCUCCCCCACCCCAGCCACCACCUCCGCCACUCCCCGCACCACCAACAACAGUAGCGCCAACAGCACCAACAGCACCAACAGCCCGGCGCCGCAGUUCCUGUCCCCGCCUGCGCCCAGCACGCGGGAAGUGUUGCAUCUGGGUCCCUCGGUGCCUCUGGCCAGCAGCGCGAGCCGCCUGCUGUCCGCCAAGCUGCUGGGCGACCUGGCCAUGUACACACAGCUGCCCGCAAUCAGCAACCAGGUGCUGAUGGUGCCGCAGCCGCCAGCCGCCGCCGCCGCCACCGGCUCCCCCCUGGACGCCACCCUGGCGACCAACCGCUCCGCCUGGAUGCUGCUGGACAAGACCAUGCUCAGCAUGGACGGCCUGGCCUGCGACAAGGUGGGGACCGGCUUCUCAGCCUUCCGCUACCAGCCCAGCGGUUGCGGCCGUGCACCCCAGACCUGUCUGUCCGGCCAGCUCAAGGACCUGUGGGAGGCGGACCUGGCGCGUAUCGCGGACGGCCGGGUGCCGCUGUACAUGAUCACCAGGUUCACUGGCGGCAGCGACACCACGCUGCAGUCCUUCUCCGGGGGCCCGCUGUCGUUCGCGCUGCCUGUCACCAGCCAGAGCCAGAGCCUGGUGACGCUGAGUGUGGCGGCGGACGGCGUGAGGCUGGUCACCAACCGCAGCCCGGGCAAGAUCACAGGCGCGGCGGUGUGUCGCUUCGCCGGCACCUCCUGCGGUGGCUUUGAGGCGGUGGCGGCUCGCGGCUACAUCUACGUCAACAUCACCAACACCGGUCGCCUGGACAGCGACUACACACUCACAGUGUCCAACUGCUCGUCCAACGUGCGGCCCAUCGAGGCGCGCGCGCUGGCCGUACGCGCGGGAUCCGCCGCCAGCCUGGAUCCGCCCAUGGAGCUGUACGUGGAGGACCAGGCGGCGGCGGCGGCGCGCACUUGCACAGUCAGCCUGUACGACUCAGUGGGCGCGGUGACGGAUUCGCUCACGCUGUCCUUCUACACAAACGCCACCCAGCUGGUCGUCAAGCCCUCCGGCGGGUACAACGGCACGGGGGACGGCGUGGGCGUGAAGCGCAACGGCACCGAUUGCAGCACGGCCUGCACCAACCCGAUUGACGUGCUGUGCUUCGUGACCAAGAAGUGCUGGUCCAAGUUCGGGCGGCUUCUGGGCAUCAUCGGCGGCGCUCUGGUGGGGCUGGGGCUGCUGGCAGUAGCACUCAAGUUCGGGUGGCUGGCCUCCCUGGCGGCCUCGUGUUGUGGGGGAGGAGGAGGAGGAGGAGCAACAGGCGGGGCUGGAGGCGGCAUGGGGCUGGGGACCGGCGGCGGCGGAGGCUGUUUUGGAGGCGGGCAGCAGCAGCAGCAGCAGCCGCCUGCUGCUAGCCAUGCCAUGUCGCCACCGCAGCAGCAGCAGCGCUCGCAUGCGGAGGUGGCAGCAGGGGCUGCAGUGGCAGGAGCAGGAGCCGCCGGUGCAGCAGCGGCGGUGCUGGGAGCCAAGCAUGGCGGCGGCGGCGGCGGCGCUCGUGGCAAGCAGCAGCAUGCCGACACCCGGCACUUGCAGGACCGCGACUCACGGGCCAUCGACGGCGGAGCAAGCAUUGGCAGCAGCAGCGCCGGCGGCAGUAGCAGCCUAAGCAGCUACAGCCAGCCUCGUGAGGCGGGAGGCAGGCUGCUACAGCCGCCGGCAGCAGCAGUGUUUGUGCCUGAAGGCGGCGGCGGCGGCGCUGCCGGCGACGAAGGUGCAAGGGCACAAAGCAGCGAUUGGGAUGCUAGAGGGCGCUCUCCUCGUGUCGCAGAUGAGCACGGCAGCCCUCGACAGCGGUACGACGGGGUACGGCAAUCGCCGUAUAUGGUUUCGGCAAAUCCGUACGACGGCUGGUAUGAUGGCGGCAGUGGUGGUGGCGGUGGUGGUGGCGGCGGCGGUUAUGGGCGUGAGGCGCCGCCGCCGCAGGGGCCACCGCCGCAUCCGGUAGGGGCACCGCCGCCCCCGCCGCGGCGGCGGAGCCUGUGGGAGCGCAUGUGGCUGCAACGUCCGGGCGGCGGCGGCGGCGGCGGUGGCGGCGGUGGCGGCGGCGGUGGCGGCGGCAGUGGUGGCGGCGUCGAUCAACAUGGUGGUCGCAGUUGCGCAGAUGCCGCAAGGCGGGGAGGGGGAGGCCCAGGCGGCAUGCGUGGAGUGGAGGGACUUAUGAGUAACGGAGGCCGACCCAACGGGCCACACCCACACGCCCCGCCUCCGCCACCUCCGCCACAGCAACAGCAGCAGCAGCAGCGCCAGCGGAGGAGCUUCCUGGAGUCACUCACAGCCAUGAUGACACUGCCUUGGGGGGGCGGUCGUGAGGAGGAGGCCGGUGGUGACCGGCGCGGUGGGGGCAGGGGUGGAGCGGCGGCGGCGCACGGGGGCCGCGGCGCAGGAGGCGGCAGGGGCCACCCGCCUUCGAUAGGCUCCCCGCCGCCGGGGCCGUUGCAGCCGCCUGAGUAUGGGCCGCAGGGAGGCCAAGCGCGGCGGUGGGGGGCAGGCGGCGGGCGCGGAGGAGUUGGCGGCGACGGCGGCGGGGGCGGGGUCGGCGCGGCUGCGUACGUGCAGCUGUCUACCGGCGGGCGCGGCGGGGGCGGUGGAGGGGGGCGAGGACGUGGCGGCGGGCGUGAGGGCCCCACGUGGCACAACCCGGUGUACGACUGGCAGGCGCCGCCCAAGUAGCCAACGAGGUGGCGGUGUGGAGCGUGCUGCAGCUGUGAAGCGGGGUGUGGAGCUGUGAGCAUGUGGGCUGUGUCCUGCCAUGUGCAACGAAACCCCUCGCCAAAGUGCCCAUAUGUGAAUGGCUGUGCGCCUGAGCAGCUGUACGGAUACGUUCUUUGGUUUAGCUGAUAUGUAGCCGCCGCGAUGGCGGUGCAAGUGGAUGUAAGGCGCAAGGGCUCGUGCAUUUCAUGUGGCGCACUACUGUGCAGUUUUCCUGGUGUGAAGCAGCUUACAUCGAACUCUUUAUGCGUGGCGUGAUUCGUGAGCAUGAAUGGUGGGUCCUCUGCCUCUUAUGCUACUGGCUUCGUAUGCCCCUGCAUGAGCGCAAGCUUUGGCUGGGAUUGGCUUCGUACAUGUGCUUGUUCCUAACAGACGCGCAUGACCGUGACCAAGAGGCAAGGAUAAG